UUUUGCAGAGUGCAGUGCUCUGAGUCACCUGCCGAGGUAGUUUUGCCACGUAGAAGAAAAACGAAAUUGAUUGCGAGAGGCGAGGCCAUGUGAAGACGGGUGGAGGGAAUCGCAGCCCGCCAGCGCGCGGAUCUGGGGAGUGUGAUGUGGUAAGGUUUGAGAUACCGCCGCACAAAUUCUCGAGAGAGAAAGGAUAUCCUUUUCGAUACCUUUGUUUCGGUACUUCGUUUGUAACGAGAAAUAAAUUUGCAGAGCCGUUCUAACUUCUGAUUAAGUCUGUAGUUGUAUUCGUAUCUUAGAGUACCCGACAGGAAUCACGUCUCUGUGCGAAGUCUUUCUCCGGUGAGAGUGUUUGUGUGGACUGUGGAGGAAAUAAUAAGAAGGGCGGAAAAUGUUGGAGUUGAGAGAUGGGUCGAAGUGCUACACGGAGGCUGUGGUGGGAGUGAAUGUGGGUCUGGCUUGUGUUGAUGGUGCGAUUGCUGUUCUUGCUUUUUAUCAGUUAAUGAGAAUACACUUGCGGAAUUCACAUCUUGGAUGGACCCGUCAAAAAGGUUGGAGUUGUUGGACGUAUUCCUGUGGUUUCCUUGUCAUGGCCAUCCCCAAAAUUCUGGUUAUGGCAGCAUUUUCCCUCCUCCUAUCAUUUUGGGUUGAUCUCUGCCAUCAGUCAAAUGAUGUUGAAGAAGAUGAUGAAUGUAGUCCCCAAGAACUAUUGCUGGAUAAGACCCAAAAAAUUGAAUCCAGCUCUGGUGGUCGCAGAAGAUGUUGCACCUUCAGGUGCACUCAUGUAGGAAGCCGUCAAAAAGUUGUCAUUCUGGUUAUGGUUCUAAUCCUGGCAAUCAUGGUGCUGUCUGCCGUACUUAUAUGGAUUGGGAUAGGCAAGAGUCAUGUUGAUUCUGCCGUCGUUGCUCAGGUGUAUGUAGAUCUCAUUGCUGUAGUCUUCAUUUUGCUAGGCGGAGCCUUGGCAUUCUAUGGGCUUUUACUGUUCUUGAAAAUGAAACAAGUGAGAUCUGAGAGAACCUCAUCAGACAUGUGGAAGGUUGCUGGAUUGGCUAUUGUCUCUGUGAUAAGUUUUACAUUGAGUUCAUCAGCUGCAAUAGCUACAAACAUACCUCUUUUUUAUCACUGGCAUGAACGUACAAUAGAUGCUGCUUAUACCACCCUGCUGUUGGUUUUGUAUCAUUUCAUAGGAUCAUCGGUGCCAUCCGCCUUUCUUUUAUUUGUGAUGAGAGAACUGCCACCACCAGCAGUGAUUCAAACACAACAACAAUCAAGAACAAUUACAUUCGUAGCCGGUCAUCCAGUGGAAACAAACGAUCCGCCACGCUGGACUGCUGCUGCUAGGAGUGUGCAGAAUCAGGGUUCAAGAGCAAGCCCAAUAUGAACAUAAGCAAAUACAAGCAAGACAAACAGAAUUGCAAAGAUGAUAUAAAAGCACAGGGGAUAACAGCCAGCAAAGAAAGCAAGCCAAGACAAGCCCAUGUUAUGUCUUGAUAGCUCUGAAUGGCAGCAAAUUGCAACAGGAUUAUUUACUUGUUUUUUGUUAAGUUACUGAAUGUACAGUAAUAUCUUCUUUCUUGGUCCUUUUCAUAUGUGCACUAUGGAAAUCUGAUUCAAUUGUUGAAAUAAUCAACAAAUCUAACUUUUGUAACAAUGACAAGACUCAAUUGCUAACCAGCUAUUGCAGGCAAGUUUUCCUUGAAUUGAUCUAUAUAUUUAUCAAUUACUAAAUCAAGAACUGUUUUUGUACCUUGGGAAAGAAAACAGCUCUAAAAUAUCAAGAUCCAAAUAUAAACACAACACUCAAAAGACAUAAGCAAAUGAUGAUUUCAUUGCAACAUAUUACAGAAAUCUUUCAUUACAAACACAUCCCACCACUCAUACAUGAUCCAAACUCAAAAGGUUCACUUUCCAGGGGUGAAGUUGGUGGCAUAGGCCCAGGCAUUGUUGUUAACAGGGUCUGCAAUAUGGUCAGCCAAGUUCUCCAAAGGACCCUUUCCGGUGACAAUGGCCUGAACGAAGAA